UGAGAAAGGAAUAAGGAUUAUUUUCCUGUAAUUUGUUAUUUGAAUGUGAUUUCUUAUGGUAAGGCGAAUAUAGUGUGCGACUCUCAGAAGGCAACAGGCAAAUAUAAUGUGCCACUCUCAGAAGGCAACAAUGCAUGUGUAAAUAGAUCCUCAGCUAAUUCAUUUGUUGUCAAUUUGAAGAGUUAAAAACAUGAUUCAGUGUCUGAGCAUUAAGAUUUUUUGCUUGAUUUGCUUAAUCCAUCCGGUUGAUGUAUUUUUCGCUUCUAAUGGCAAUAAUCAGGUGGUAUACAUGACUCUUGUUGGAUCAUUCCCGUUCAACUCUUUUCUCUCUGGGGUGCUUUCUUGUAUUGGCACAGCAGUCCUUGCUGUUUGUCUUCGGAUCCAAGUAAACAAAGAAAACAAGGAAUUCAAGGAUUUGCCCCCGGAACGUGCUUUUGCUGAUUUUGUUCUCGGCAAUUUAGUGCUCCAUUUGGUGAUCAUGAACUUUCUUGGCUAGAUUGAGGCACCAAAUCCCAAGAAGGCGAAAACAUGUUGCUUGCUUUUACAAAUCUUGGUGAUUUAUAUGUAAGGAUAAUAUAGAGUCAAUCGUAAGGAUUUUGUUAGGCCUUGAAAUAUUUUCUCAUGCAUGAACCUAUAACAUUCAUGAAUCUUAUAUGAGUAUCAGUGAAGUAGACAAACUUUGGCCCUUUUGA